AUGGCUGAGAUAGGGAGACCGUCGACGUCGACGGCGACCUCGGUCGAGAGCGAGAAAAAGAUCACGGGCGGGCCGGAGCCGCUGGUGGUCGAGGUCGGCCGGCCGCGUGCCGGCAGCGCCGACACCACCGAGACGGAGUCGACACUGGAGAGGCGGGACGAGAAGCAGGUCCUGCAGGCUCGGGUCGACCCGGAGGGCCAGGGCCAGGAGGUGGUCGAGGCGCGGAUGGAGGACAUUGCCGUCAAGGCCCUGAGCACCGACGACGACGUGACGCUGAACCCGUGGACGUUUCGCGCCUUUUUCAUCGGCAUCAUACUGUCCGGCUUCGGCGCCGCCCUGGCCACCAUCUUCCUGUUCAAGCCGCAGCCGGUCGGGGUCUCGAUCAUCUUCCUGACCCUCAUCAGCUACCUGAUGGGCAACGGCAUGGCCAUGGUGCUGCCGACCAAGGGCGCCGUCGGCCGGUGGCUGAACCCGUUCCCCUUCAACUCCAAGGAGCACCUGGCCAUCAUCAUCAUGUCGAGCUCGGCCUCGUCCGUGGCCCACGCCACCGACGUGCUGGCCGCCCAGAAGCUCUACUACGGCGUCCGGCCGCACCCCAUGAUCUCGGUGUUCCUGCUGCUCUCGUCCCAGCUUCUGGGGUACGGGCUCGUGGGCUUCCUGCGCAAGAGCCUCGUGUACCCGGGCAAGAUGCUGUGGCCGGGCGUGCUGCCCCUGAGCGCCCUCGUCGAGACGCUGCACCGCAACCGCGCCAGGAUGGCCAAGCGCUGGAAGUUUUUUUGGAUUGUGUUUGGCGCCGUCGCCUUGUACGAGGCGCUGCCGCAAUAUAUUAUGCCGGUCCUCACCGGUGCCGCCGGCAAUGAGGGUCUUGGCCUGCUCUCCAUCGGCCUGGACUGGCAGUAUAUCGGGACGAGCGCCUUCUUCCUGCCGCUGCAGACGAUAUUGAACUCUUUCGUGGGAUACGUCCUCUGCAUCGUCCUCUUUUGCGGGCUGUACUACGGAAACGUCUGGAACGCCAAGAACUUCCCCUUCCUUUCGCAACAGCUCUUCACGUCAAACUCGACGUCGACGCGCUUCGAGAUCUAUAAGCAGGGCAACAUCCUCAACAGCAACUUUGAGCUCGACGAGAGCGCCCUGGCGGCUGAGGGGCUCCCUUCCUUUGCCGCCUCGCACGCCUCGCACCUGCUGACCAACAACCUGUCCAUCACGGCUUCUAUUGUUCAUGUCGUCCUCUUCAACCCCGACGUCAUCCGGGAUGCGCUCCCGACCCUCGCCAGGAUGAAGCAAUGGGCCACCAGCCCCGGGUCACUCUUCAGGAAAAGCGAGCGGCCGGUGUCGCCGGCCGAAGACGAGAGCCUCGACCCGCACUACCGGGCCAUGCUGGCCUACGCCGAGGUGCCCAACUGGUGGUACGGCGUCAUCCUCCUCUUCUCCGUCGUCAUGGCCAUCAUCUGCAUCUACGUCAUCCAGUCCACCCUGCCGUGGUGGGGCCUGCUGCUCGCCGUCGUCAUCUCCUUCAUGUUCUCGCUGAUCCUGGGCGCCAUGUCCGGGCUCUUGGGCUUCCACGCCCCCAUCUCGACGCUCGUGCAGCUCCUGGGCGCCAAGGUCCUUGGAGGUAAGCCCGUGGCCAACAUGUACUUUGUGCUCUUUGGGUCUUCGACGCAGGGGCAAGCGCUCUACCUCGUGUCGCACCUGAAGAUGGGGCAGUAUGGGAAGCUCUCGCCCCGCUGCACCUUUACAUUCCAGAUCCUGGGAACAAUCCUAGGGGCUCUGAUCAACCUCCUCGUCAUGGAGUCAAUCACCGACAACCAGCGGGAUAUCCUGCUCUCCAUCCAGGGCACAAACGUGUUCUCUGGGCAGGUGAUUCAGUCAUUCAACUCCAACGCGAUAGCUUUUGGCGCGCUCGCAGACAAGAUGUUCAGCAUCGGCCAGCAGUACUCGUGGGUCGUCCUGGCCCUGCCAGUGGGCUUCCUGGUCCCCGUGCCCUUCUACUUCGCCCACCGCAAGUGGCCCAAGGCCGGCUUCGACUACGUAGUGACGCCCGCCAUAAGCUACUUCCUGGGCUACCUGAGCGCCGGCAUCAACUCCAGCGUCCUCAUGCACUUUGUCCUCGCCUUUGUCGUCCAGCUCUGGGUGCGGAAGCGGUAUCCAAAGUGGUUCCUUAAAUACAACUACAUCCUCGCGGCUGCCAUCAGCGGCGGAACCGACCUCCUUGUCUUCAUCACCACCUUUGCUGUCCAGGGCGCAAGCGGUCGAGCAGUCGUAUUCCCACCGUACUGUAAGUUUGACAAGCUCCCUCCUGGCUUUGACGACAACUGGAGAUCUGUAUUCUGA